CUGCUGAGGGGCGGGAGAGCUGAUUGGCUGGCACCAACGGACGGUGACGGCCAUGUUUUUUUUCUCAGCGAUCUAGUCGCAAGUAGCUCGUACUGGAGAGCUGGUGAACAUCUCUGGGAUUGUUGAAAAUGUUCUCGAGAUUGGCUCUGCGUAACGUGGCCACACGUAUCCCAGCUCUGGUACGUGUUCAGAGCUCAUCAGCAGCAGCACCUGAUUAUUCGAACAGACCAUCGCGUCCAAUUAAUCCCGGCCCUGUGCGUCAUGGAUUCAUUCCAGAGGAGUGGUUCCAAGCUUUUUAUCCUAAGACCGGUUACACUGGUCCCUAUGUCUUCUUCACCGGUUUGGCCACGUGGCUAGUCUCGAAGGAGUUCUACGUUUUGGAGCACGAGUUCUACGGGGGAGUCCCAGCUCUGUUAAUGUGUAUAAUUUUUGUAAAGGGCUUGGGUCCACCACUAACAGAAUUCUUGGAUAAACGAAUGGACGCACAGGAGGAGAAAAUAGCCUCAAGCAGAACAAAUGAAAUUGCGGCUUAUAAGGAUGCUAUAGACCACAUGAACAAGGAGAAAUGGAGAACCGAGGCUCAGGGCAUAAUUAUGGAGGCCAAAAAGGAGAACAUCAAGAUGCAAUUGGAAGCUGUAUACAGGGAACGUAUCAACAGAGUCUAUGCCGAGGUGAAAAAGCGUUUGGAUUAUCAACUCCAGAUUGCCACUGUGGAGCGCAGAGUCGCUCAGAAACACAUGUCCGAAUGGAUAAUAAACAAUGUAUUGAAGGCAAUAACACCAGACCAGGAAAAGGCCGCCCUCCAGCAGUGCAUUGCGGAACUCCAGGGACUUGCGCCAAAGGCAUAAAUUGUUACACCUGUAGGGAUAAUAGAAUUGAUCGACAAAUAAAAUUUUAUUUCCAAUUAAAUUCGAUCGAGUCUAGUGAUAAUGUUUGAACUUUCACAAUUAUCAUUAUAUAAAGUUGUAAUAUUGCCAUUCAGUUGAAAAUCGUCGCUAUCAAGUUACGAGUAAAUCAAUAAAGAUGUUAGUGACCUGGUGGUGAAAUUUAA